UGGCACAGGGUUGCAUUGCUGGACGAAGGGGAAAUGCGCGAGCGGCGAAGAAGUAAAACAUUUCACUUUUGAAGGUUCCAAACCUCUCCAAAAUCGGAAGUACAUUUUUUCCAGUGUUUUUUGAGGAUUACACGAACAUUUUUUCGAAGCGUGGAGUUUGGCGUUUCUUUAUUCCUUUGCCUCGGAGAAGCUGAUUCUCACCGAGUCGCUUCGCGUGAUAGAGAGCGAGCGCACCAGAGAUGUUCGCCACCGUUCGCGUCCGCCAGGAACCGUAUUUUACUCUGAGAAAUUGAAGCGGAGAUUGACAUUUCUAAAGUUACGGGAACAGUGGAAGUGACUCGGCCGCACAAAGACAGCAGCAGAGAUCAGAGAGGAUUUUUGCCCCCAGCGUCCAGUGGGCUUCGUGUCCGGCUGAUUUUUUACAGUACAGUGGCUUGCCGGUGGACACCCCCUACCAAAUAGAGCUCCAAUAAAUAAAGGAUACAUUUCAAGAUGUAUCCACAGGGCCGGCAUCCGGCGCCCCACCAGCCUGGUCAGCCAGGCUUCAAAUUCACAGUGGCGGAGUCCUGUGACAGGAUCAAAGACGAAUUUCAGUUCCUGCAAGCCCAGUAUCACAGUCUUAAAGUGGAGUACGACAAACUGGCCAAUGAGAAGACCGAGAUGCAGCGCCAUUAUGUCAUGUACUAUGAGAUGUCCUAUGGGCUGAACAUUGAAAUGCACAAACAGACCGAGAUUGCCAAAAGGCUCAAUGCGAUUCUAGCCCAGAUUAUGCCUUUUUUGUCACAAGAGCACCAACAGCAAGUAGCACAAGCUGUUGAGCGUGCAAAACAAGUGACAAUGACCGAACUGAAUGCUAUCAUCGGGGUACGUGGACUUCCCAAUCUGCCUCUCACCCAGCAGCUCCAAGCCCAGCACCUCUCUCACGCUGCCCACGGCCCUGUGGCUUUACCUCCCCACCCUUCUGGCCUUCAGCCACCAGGAAUCCCUCCGGUCACCGGCUCUGGCUCAGGCCUGCUGGCUCUAGGAGCCCUGGGAAGUCAGCCACACUUGCCGGUGAAGGAUGAAAAAAACCACCAUGACCUGGAGCACCGAGAGAGCACGAACAACUCCAUCUCUCCAUCAGACAGCCUGCGCACAACCAGUGAGAAGCACCGUGGCUCCUCCGAUUACAGCUUAGACUCCAAAAAGCGCAAAGUGGAGGACAAGGACAGCAUGAGCCGAUAUGACAGUGACGGAGACAAAAGUGAUGAUUUGGUGGUUGAUGUUUCCAAUGAGGACCCUGCCACUCCCAGAGGCAGCCCUGCUCACUCGCCGCCAGAGAAUGGUAUAGAUAAGCCCCGCCCAGCAAAAAAGGACACACCCAACAGUCCCGCCUCUGUGGCCUCAUCUGGAAGUACCCCUUCCUCGAAAAACAAGGAGCAUGGCCAUAAUGACAAAUCUUCCACGCCUGGUCUCAAGUCCAACACUCCCACACCUCGUAACGAUGCCCCCACACCAGGUACCAGCACCACCCCAGGGCUGCGGCCCAUCCUGGGCAAGCCUCCGAUGGAAGCUCUUGCCGCCCCUGCUCUGCGCACCCCCCUCACUUACCCAACUCCCUUCGCCAUGAUGAGCCACCAUGAGAUGAAUGGUUCUCUGACCAACCCUGGAGUCUAUGCUGGCCUUCACAUCUCUCCUCAGAUGAGCGCGGCUGCUGCUGCUGCCUACGGGCGCUCGCCCAUGGCGGGUUUCGAGCAUCCUCAUAUGAGAGCUCCCGGCCUCCCUGCCAGCCUCACCUCGAUCUCUGGAGGAAAACCAGCCUACUCUUUCCAUGUCAGCGCCGAUGGACAAAUGCAACCCGUUCCCUUUCCUCCAGAUGCUCUCAUUGGUCCAGGGAUCCCGCGCCAUGCCCGGCAAAUCAACACACUCAGUCAUGGUGAGGUUGUUUGUGCCGUGACUAUCAGCAACCCCACGCGCCAUGUCUACACUGGUGGCAAGGGCUGUGUGAAGAUCUGGGACAUCAGUCAGCCUGGAAGCAAGAGUCCGGUUUCUCAACUUGACUGCCUGAACAGAGACAACUACAUUCGAUCCUGUAAGCUGUUGCCCGACGGCCGCACACUCAUUGUUGGAGGAGAGGCCAGCACUCUGACCAUUUGGGAUCUUGCCUCCCAGACACCCCGAAUCAAAGCCGAGCUGACCUCCUCUGCACCGGCCUGCUACGCGCUGGCUAUUAGCCCAGAUGCCAAGGUGUGCUUCUCCUGCUGUAGUGAUGGAAACAUUGCUGUCUGGGACCUUCACAACCAGACCCUUGUCAGGCAAUUCCAAGGCCACACAGAUGGUGCCAGCUGCAUUGACAUCUCUCAUGAUGGCACCAAGCUCUGGACAGGUGGUCUUGAUAACACAGUCCGCUCCUGGGACCUGAGAGAGGGAAGGCAACUCCAACAGCAUGACUUCACAUCUCAGAUCUUCUCUCUGGGCUACUGUCCAACGGGCGAGUGGCUGGCUGUUGGUAUGGAAAGCAGCAACGUUGAGGUGCUCCACCACACCAAGCCUGACAAGUACCAGCUGCACCUUCACGAGAGCUGCGUUCUCUCUCUCAAGUUUGCAUACUGUGGUAAAUGGUUCGUGAGCACUGGGAAGGACAAUCUGUUGAAUGCAUGGAGGACUCCCUAUGGCGCCAGCAUAUUCCAGUCAAAGGAAUCUUCCUCGGUCUUGAGCUGUGACAUAUCAGCUGAUGACAAGUACAUUGUUACGGGCUCUGGAGACAAGAAGGCCACGGUGUAUGAAGUGAUCUACUAGACUGAGAGGUAACAGACUGGAGCAGCUCAGGCCUCUGGAGGAGGAAGGGGGACACAUAACUUCUCACUCCAGUGACUCUCCUAGUCAAACAGACAGGAACAGCCCUUGUCUGUCUGACUGUCUGUCUCACUCACUGACUUUUUUUACUGACUGACCGCAGACAUGGACGAUUGGACGCUGGGGGGGGGGGGAUUGAGCUGCUGGGACUGGGACACAAAUGUGCAGCCCUAAAGCCCCCACACACUCGGCUCUGUUCAUAUGGCACUAGAGAACACUCGUUCUUUCCUUCCUUGCUGUUUUUUUGCGUCAAAUCUUUCUUUGGAUUUUGUUUCCUUAUUUUUUUUCUCACUACGCAGUGAGUGUUCCAUAAUGCUUCGUGAAGCAGCGCUUCAUUCUGAAACUUCAUCUGUGUGGAGGGUAUGUGAAAAGUGUACAUAAUGGAGUAUUAAAAUGCCUUUUAUAGAUUUAUAUUUUGGUGUCCUGUUACACUUGUGAUGGUUCUCUUUCUCUCUCUCUCUCAUUCUCUCCUUGAUGCUUCGUUUCCCCUCGAGGUUUGGAAAUUAGAUUAAGACGUUUUUUUCUAUGAGGAUAUUCUAUUCCGUUUUUUUUCUCCCCCUUUGAGAAGUUCAUUUUCCAAGCUGACCUUUUAUGGAAAUCUAAUUUACUUUUUUCCCUCCCUCCUGAAAAACCAUUUUGAGCUAAAUCGCAUUACAGAGGCGUUUUUGUAAAGUGUCCUGUGGAUUUUUUUGUUUUGUUUUUUUGAGUGGCUUAAACCCCAUGCAAGGCACCUGAGACUGCAGUCGAGGCUCUCCGGAGGAAGGGCGGUUCAGUUAUCUCUUUACCUUGCUGAGAGAACAGAGAUCCUGCCUUGUACAAGCAUGGAGUUCCUCAUGGGGCACAUGGACCUGGAUUUGAUUUAUCAAUUGGUAGAGGACUCCUCGCAAACCUGUGACUUCAUUGUGCUGUUGUAUGACCAGGACACGACAUCUUGUCUUGUAGUGGAAGACUUGGAUUAAUUGGUGAUUUCCCCUCCUCCUUCCUGAGUCCCAAGUGACAUACACUGUGUUUUUUGUGCAUAGUGUUCCAUAUACAGGAAGCACAGAGUAAAACGUCUAUCGAUAAGCCAAACGGACUGUAACGCUCACAGACAUCUACUUACUGUCCAGCUUGUUUAGAGCAUCACACUGUUAGUAACUCCCCUUCAAAUCAAAUACAGAGAAAAGAGCUGCAAGAAAUGGACACGUCUCAAAACACACACCAAAGUAUGUAGCAAACUGUGUUGUCACUGAAGAUAUGUACAGUUGUUGAUAAUUCAAUAAACUGUUUUUGUAAAAAAAAAUGAAA